AUGGGUGUAAGUAAACUAGACGUCUUGUACAGAAAGUUACUUCUCACUAAACUUUUCAUCAGAGGAUGGGGAAAGCCCGAGGACCUGAAAAGAAUAUUUGAAUUCAGAAAGAUUAUUGGAAACAGGGAAAAAUGCCAGACCCUGGUUUCGAAAGAUUACCCUGUGUUCGUUGACAAGGUCGAGGAGCAAUCCGACUGUAGAAUCCUUGAGGGGCACUUCAUUUCCCCAUUGACUCAUUAUGUCCCAGGUAUCCUGCCAGUUGAAUCUCUUGUAGCAAGAUUUCAGUUCAUCAUACCCAGAAGAUGGAAUAGCAAGCACAGGCCUGUGUGCAUUCAUUUAGCCGGCACUGGAGAUCAUCACUUUUGGAGGAGACGCACAUUAAUGGCACGCCCAAUGAUUAAAGAAGCUUGUAUGGCUUCCCUAUUGCUAGAAAAUCCUUAUUAUGGCUGUAGAAAACCUAAGGAUCAAUUACGGUCGUGUUUAAAAAAUGUCUCAGACCUGUUUGUGAUGGGAGGAGCUCUUGUUCUAGAAUCAGCAGCUCUUUUGCACUGGCUAGAGAGAGAAGGCUAUGGACCGCUAGGGAUGACUGGAAUAUCCAUGGGAGGACACAUGGCUUCACUGGCAGUGACAAACUGGCCCAAACCAUUGCCAUUGAUUCCGUGUCUUUCCUGGUCAACAGCCUCUGCAGUCUUUACUACGGGUGUGUUGAGCAAAGCAGUAAACUGGAGAGAGCUAGAGAAACAGUAUUUCACGGAGACUGUUUAUGAAGAAGAAAUAAUUCAAAUGCUUGAAUACUGUGGAACAGAUUCUUUCAAGAUGGGACAAGACUUUGUUAAAAACUUCCCUGACAGUGUGGACAGCCUGGUGGAUGUAGACGUGACUUCCAGAAUGUUCAACCUUGAUUCCACAAUCAAGACUGUAUCUAAAGAAGCUGUUCACAGCUUUACCACAAAUAAAAGUACUUCAAGUGCCUCAUCAGAAAGACUCUUAGUACAUGAUUCGCCUAAAAUGCAGUGCAUAAAUCAAACAUUUUCAACCAGUAGCAAUAGCAAUAAAAACUUAACCAGCCCACAAGGAUACAGGAUAAAUAAAAGAAUAAAGAGUGACACUUUACAGAGAGAAUCCUUACGGUUCAUGAAAGGAGUAAUGGAUGAAUGUACCCAUGUAGGUAAUUUCUCGGUUCCAGUUGACCCAAGUUUAAUCAUAGUGGUUCAAGCUAAGGAGGAUGCAUAUAUUCCCCGAACUGGGGUACGCAGUCUUCAAGAAAUCUGGCCUGGGUGUGAAAUCAGGUAUCUGGAUGGAGGUCAUGUCAGUGCCUACCUCUUCAAACAAGGACUCUUUAGACAAGCAAUUUAUGAUGCAUUUGACCGCUUUCUUCAGAAGUAUGCCAUGUGA